CGUCAUUUCGGGGCCCACCGCAAAUACAUAUGCGUACUAAGUACAGUACAUGAGAACUACGAUUAUGCUUCGGUCUUAAGCAUAAUCGAACAUUGGCUUCCCAGGAUUUUCAUCAAGAGGCACAAACCGGCAUAGUUCGCCCUACAGAGUUACGCUGCUCACUCGGCAAACCGGCCGCUGCAACAACUUCGAAAUUACAAUCUCCGACGCAGGUGGGCCGACUGGAUCCCUUUCCCCUACUCCCCUUCCAAUUGUCCCGAGAGAAAAAUAAUUAGAAGAAAAAAAGGAGAGGAAAAAAAAAAAGGAAAAGAGAAAGGAAAGGAAAAAGAAGUCGCGCAAUCAGAGUAGUCGCAAUGGCGGUUUAUGCCGUGCUAUGCUACUGCUGGCAAACCAUGUUAUAUUGCGCGGCAGUUAUCCCGCGACCUGGAGUCAGGAAAAUCUCCCUGAACCAACUUGAAUCCCUUCUUUGAUACAGAGACAACAUUGACAAUGGAACUUUCUAUACCAUCAGAGUCAUCGGCUCAGAUGCUAGCGGAUGUCCAGCUGCCCGAAUAUUCCUUGGCCGAGGUGGCAACACACAACAAAAAGGAUGAUAUCUGGAUCGUCGUUCACGGACAAGUAUUCGACGUCACGAACUAUCUCCAAGACCAUCCGGGAGGUGCGGAGGUCCUUCUAGAGACCGCAGGCACAGAUGCCACCGCCGAUUUCGAAGAUGUUGGCCAUUCCGAGGAUUCGCGCGAUAUUCUGCAAGAGUAUUUGAUCGGCACCUUGAAAGACGCCAAAAAAUAUGUAUCUCUGAAAGCUGUUCGCGUCAUCCCUCCAAAAUCCGAGAAGACGACACCACCAAUUUCAUCUUCAGCUCGAUCAAUGGGUGCAAUUGCCGGUGCAUUGGGUACGGCGACAGCUUUACUGUAUACUGUCAAUCGAAGCAACCUGGGCGCCAUAGGUAUGCGGAAGGCUUUGGGCCAAAUUGUCCCUUCCAAGCUCAAUGUGUCCAGACUCCCGGGCGGGGAGUUUGCCCAGGGGUUCAUCAUGGCGACGGCUGUCUGCGCGCUGCUGGGCAGCCUGGUUGCGCAGCAAGCUGCAAAGUUCACCCAAAUCGACUCGGGCUUCCUCCGAUACCCUCCUCGCAUUAAGGCGCGGAAACGCCCAAGAGCCGAUCCCCACUUGGUCAAGGGCUUUCUGGACGCCAAGGAGUUCCAGCGCCUGCCGUUGGUGCGGAAGGAUGAAUUGGCAUCGAACGUGUACCGCUUUGUUUUCGCAUUACCUGACCAGAAAGGAGUCAUCGGUCUUCCGAUCGGACAACACGUUGCAAUUCGAGCGGUUGUCAACGGCACCACGAUCAGCCGAUCGUACACGCCGGUGUCGAACAAUCUGGACCUGGGCCGCCUCGAGCUGCUCGUCCGAUGCUAUCCAGAUGGGCUUUUGAGCGGGCAAUACCUUGCCAAGCUCGAGGUGGGCGACGAGGUAGAGUUUCGAGGGCCCAAGGGAUCCAUGAGAUAUAGCAGGGGACUGUGUACGAAGAUCGGGAUGGUGGCUGGAGGAACUGGCAUCACCCCAAUGUACCAAUUGAUCCGCGCCAUUUGCGAGGACGACCGCGACACCACGGAGAUCAGCCUCAUCUACGCGAACCGUACCGAGCAUGACAUCCUACUGCGCGAGGAGCUGGAGGACUUCGCUCGCAAGUAUCCCAGGAAUUUCAAGCUCUGGUACAUGCUUGACGCCGCGCCUGAGGCGUGGCAGUAUGGCACAGGUUAUGUGACCCAAGCGGUGCUCUGCGAGCGUCUACCGUCGCCAUCACCCGAUACCAAAAUCCUGUUAUGUGGCCCUCCGCCAAUGGUCAGUGCCUGCAAGAAGACACUGGUAGCGAUGGGGUUCCAGAAACCAGGAGCGAUUUCUAAAAUCGGCGAUCAAAUCUUUUGUUUCUGA